UAUUAUUGAACGCCUACGCCGGCUAUUUUUUUGACACCUCACAAAACGAAAAACUUUGUAUUUACAUUAAUUAUUGGUAAUAUCUGAAGCUGCAGCCAUGAUUGAGACGUUGUACAGCCUCCCCUUCCACAUAUUGGUGCCACCCAAUAUCAAAGUGCGGCGGUUUAGCGUCCCAAUGCCCUCGCCGAUGGCUGUGUUUAGUGUCAUUUUGCUCUCCUACUUUCUGGUCACCGGCGGCAUUAUUUAUGAUGUGAUUGUGGAGCCACCCAGCGUGGGUGCCACUGUGGAUGAGCACGGCCACUCGCGACCUGUGGCGUUUAUGCCUUACCGCGUGAACGGACAAUACAUUAUGGAAGGACUUGCCAGCAGCUUUCUGUUUACCGUCGGCGGUCUGGGCUUCAUCAUUAUGGACCAGACACAUGCACCCGGCAAGACGAAUCUCAAUCGAUUGCUGCUCACCGCCAUGGGCUUUAUAUUCAUACUCGUUUCCUUCUUUACUACGUGGCUGUUUAUGCGCAUGAAGCUGCCCAGCUAUCUUCAUCCUUAGAAUCUCACAAGCUUAAGCCGGACAAAACUCUCUUAGUAUUUCUUUAUAAAUGAGCAUUUCCCUGAGCAAAUUGUAGAGCCAUCGAAAGUGUCGUCUGGCGCUGCCUCUGCUGUGCAGCCAAAACUAUUGGCGUCGCGUCCUAUUGUUGGUUUCUCAGUUUGCCUCGCGCUGUCCAAACGUUUGGCACGUAGCAUCGCCGCAGCGCGAAAAACCACUUCCAUCGCGUAUAUAAUUUUAGA